CGGCAAUUGCACGGCCGCUUCCUGCAGGUGACGGACUUCCACCCGGACCCUUUCUACAAGGUCUACUCGUCGGUAGAUGAAGACGGCGUGUGCCAUAGAGGCCAUGGUCCAGCGGGCUACUAUGGUGCCGAGACGUCCGACUGCGACUCGCCAAUCUCGCUCAUCAAUGCCACCUUCGACUGGAUCCGCGACGAGCUCAAGGACUCGAUCGACUUUGUCAUCUGGACUGGCGAUUCCGCGCGUCAUGACAAUGACGAAAAGAUACCCCGAAAUGUCCAACAAGUCACCCAGCUCAACAAACUACUCGUGGACAAGUUCUACGAAGUCUUUGGAAAGGACCAGCAGGAGCCUGAUGACGACCCGACAAACGACCUUGUCAUUCCAGUCAUUCCCACCUUUGGCAACAACGACAUCUUGCCGCACAACAUCUUCGAAAGAGGGCCAAACCUCUGGACACGUCGAUACCUCGAUAUCUGGCGCAAUUUCAUCCCCGAAGUGCAGAAACACUCUUUCGAUCAGGGCGGUUGGUUCUACGUCGAAGCCAUUCCCGGCCACCUCGCCGUUGUCUCGCUCAAUUCUCUCUACUUCUUCAAUUCAAACUCGGCCGUCGAUGGAUGUGCCGCCAAGGCAGAGCCUGGUUAUCGCCAACUUGACUGGCUCCGUAUUCAAUUGCAAUACCUGCGCGACCGCAACAUGAAAGCCAUCAUCACCGGCCACGUUCCUCCUGCUCGCACAGCCAACAAGAGUAAUUGGGAUGAAACCUGUUGGCAGAAAUACACAUUGUGGAUGCAUCAGUACAGAGAUGUCAUCGCUGCGACACUCUAUGGCCACAUGAACACCGAUCACUUUAUCGUCCAGGACUUUGAGGAAGUAGAUGACAGCGUUGUUGACGGCUACGCAAUCCUCAACAAGGUCAACAAGCGGGGCAUGGUCGCAGCCGCUGAACAAAAAUUUGGCAUUCAGUCUGCUACAAACUAUCUUAAGGAUUUGAGAGAGAGCUGGACGAAACUACCAAAGCCUCAAGCAAACGAGUAUUCAGAAGCUCUCAGGAAGGGGAAGAAGCACAAGGGCAAGAAGCCACAUGAUCCAGAUGAUUACGACUCUGAGAUCGGAGGCCGUUAUGCUGAGAGGUUCAGCGUCUCUCACGUCUCGCCAAGCGUUGUUCCCAACUACUUCCCUACUAUUCGUGUCUACGAGUACAACAUUACUGGACUUGAUAGGAAAUUAUCACGCUCAUUCGAGGAUAUGUUUGAGCAAAAUGACAUGAGCGCAGCAGAAGAUUCCGAGCAGUUCGACGAGGAGAAUCUAGAGCAAGAUGUAGCAGCCGGAGAUGAAGACCUGGAAGCUGAACGCAAGAAAAAGAAGAAGAAGCCCAGGAAGCACAGGUUCACCGUGCCCAACCCACCCUCAAAGUCUGCACCUCCAGGACCAGCAUACUCCCCCCAGUCACUGACGCUAUUGGGAUUUGUUCAAUACUACGCCAACUUGACUCGCAUCAACAACGAUUUCUUCCAAGACGAUACAGAACAACAAGGAUGGAAGGACCACAAGCAUCAUGGCAAGAAUCCUCACGGCGACGACCACAAACCCAACCCAAAGAACCUCACCUACGAAGUGCUUUACGACACCCGUAGCGACAAGGUGUAUCAGCUAGAAGAUCUCACAACCAGAAGCUACCUCCGUUUAGCACAACGCAUUGCUGGAGUCAAGCCUAGGAAGAGCGAUGUGCAGACAUUGGAUGCAGAACUUGACGAGGUCGAAGUAGAUGAGACUUUCGUCGACGAUGACGAAGAUCGGGGUGAUCUAGACAUCACUAAGAAGAAGCAUAAGAAGAAGGGCGACAAGAAGAAGAAGAAGAAGAAGUCGCCCAAGGAUAACAAGCCAUGGUACACAUUCGUCAGGCGAGCAUUCGUGAACACGGUAGACCCUGAUGACAUUGAAGAAGAGUUUUGA